CGUGGCAGCUAAGCUCAAUUGGUGAUUUCUGUUGCAAAGUAGAGAGAGAAAGAGACAUAAAAAUGGCGACUUUGAAUGUGUUCUCACAGCCAUGGCAGCCUACAAUUUACCCUUCUUUCUGUUGUUCAAAUACUAACAACAAUGCCUAUCAUCAUUCUAACAAUUGUAAAUUAAAUUUAUUUUCCAAUUCCCAUCACUUCUCUGUUCUAUCCACCCAAUCUAGCUCUUCUAAGCCCCCUCAAUUGCCCCCCCACUUCUCAAAGUCAGGCAGUGGAAGUUCAUGGCUACAAAACAGUUCCACCGCUGACAGCAUUGAGUACAGAAAGCGUCCUCUAUGUUGUGUGUUUCCCACAAAACCUGCCCAAGUUUCCUCUGUGCAAGACCUUUUUGAGUUCAUUUGUUCAGGACCUUUGCUUGACAAAAUUGGUAUGACACAAGAGAAGGUGGCAGAGUCCAUAGAUAAAUGGUUAUCAUAUGGUAGGAACCUAUGCACAUUGUUUCAGCUUAAUGAAUUGUACCUGACAGAGCCUCAAAAAGCUAGGGUCUAUCACUACUAUGUACCAGUAUUUCUCUGGUGUGAACAAGAGGUUGCUCUGCAUCGGUCCAAGUUCAAAGAUGAAGAAGAUAUACCUCCUUUGGUGAUUGGAUUUAGUGCUCCUCAAGGCUGCGGAAAGACAACCCUUGUCUUUGCUCUUGACUAUCUUUUCCGGUUGACUGGCAGGAAGUGCGCAACAAUAUCGAUAGAUGAUUUUUAUUUGACAGCUGAAGGUCAGAAUAAACUAGGAGAAGCUAAUCCAGGAAAUGCACUUCUUCAGUUGCGUGGAAAUGCAGGAAGCCAUGAUCUUGCUUUGUCUGUUGAAACUCUGACAGCUUUAACAAAAAUGACAAGAGAAGGUAUAAAGAUGAAGUUACCAAGAUAUGAUAAAUCUGCAUUCAGUGGGAGAGGUGACCGUUCUGAUCCUUCGACAUGGCCAGAAGUUGAAGGGCCACUUACGGUUGUAUUGUUUGAAGGUUGGAUGCUCGGUUUCAAGCCCCUUCCAGUUGAGGCUGUAAAGGUUGUUGAUCCCCAGCUAGAAAUUGUAAAUAAAAACCUCGAAGCUUAUUAUGAUGCCUGGGACAAAUACAUAAAGUCAUGGAUAGUCAUCAAGAUUAAGGACCCAAAUUGUGUCUACCAAUGGCGCUUGCAGGCUGAGAUUGCCAUGAGAGAGGCAGGCAAACCUGGAAUGUCUGAUGAUGAGGUGAGAGAUUUUGUUUCUCGCUACCUGCCAGCAUACAAUGCAUACCUUCCUACACUUUACUCUCAGGGUCCAAAUGGUUCAGAUCCUCAGCAUCUCCUAACCAUCGAAAUAGAUGAAAAGAGGAACCCCAUCCUAGGUGUCUAGGUUAACUAGAUGAUAGGACAUUACUGGCUUUUCAAUUCUUUGAGAGAAUCAAAAUGGCCAUUCGGCAUUAAUUAGUUUCAUCAGAAGUAGAGAUAAGUCAAUGUAUCUGCACUAUUCUCCUUCAAAUGUAUAGAGAAUAUUUUCAUAAUGACGGAUUCUUUCUGGUUUUGCUUGAGGAAUGAAUGUUUAAAGGAAUCACAAGAAGACCAAA